GGGACCUGAAUGCAAGAAGAUGGUUUUAAAAUCUGCUGGAACGAAAUGGAGAGAAUUUAAGUCAAGACUCACAACAUUGUAUGUGUUGCCAUAUUUGGAUGCUCCUGAAUCUUUACAAUUUCCCCCCGAUGACUAUAGGUUUAUAACUGUUGAUGAUUGGAAUGUUUUUGUAAAGGAAAGGACAAGCGAUUCAUUUUUGAAAAUGCAUGAGGAACAAAAGGCAAGGCGUCACAAAAAUGUGUAUGAUCACCAUAUGUCGCGUAAGGGAUACGCGGGAUUGAGAGAAGAGCUGUCUAAAACUGUGCCAGAAGAGGAAAUCGAUAGAGCAACGCUUUGGGUCAAAGGACGCCAAACCAAACAAGGAACUUUUAAACAUGAUGUGAUUAAAGAUACUGCUGAAAAAAUUGUAUGUACCUUAUACUUGUUUCAUUUUGCUAUUCUAGUUUGGUGUCAUUAUUGAAUUUCUUAAAUUUAACCUGAAACCUAUAUUGCAUAUGGUAGGAGACACUGAAACGUAAGGAACG